UCAUUUCUGGCUCACUCUCUCCCCCGCCGGCUCGAUCAGAGGGAGCGCGUGCGUGCGUGCGUGCGUCAAGAGGGGCGCGCGGAGUCUCCCAGCCCAACCGCUUUCCCUGCCGCGCCGCCAUUUUGUUCCUCUUCCCUCAACAGCCUCGAAGCGGCCUUCCUAAGGUUUGACUGAGGAAAAAAGAUGGCCCGGCCCAGCCUGAAGGGAGGCUACCGCGUCUUUCGGAACCCGCGACACCUUCCAGGCUGGGAGAAGCCACCGCAGGGCUAGAAAAACUUGAGGUAGGAAUGGAGCCGAGGAGGGAGUCGGAGUCGACAUGCCCUGGCUUGGGGCCUUGCCCGCCGCCCUCGUUGCCGCCGCCGCCUUCGCCUCCUCCUCAGCUCGGCGAGGCGCCGUUUUCCCUGCUGAGGCUCUUCUUGCAGCUGCUGCAUCGCCUCCUGCCCAGCCCGGCCAUUCCUCUUCUCUGGCUCCAGGCCGAGGCCCAGACCUCGGUGCCGGCGUGGGAGGCGCCCGGCCUGGCCCCCCUCUUGGCCGCCCACCACGAACUGCGCGCGGUCUCCUCCGCCUCCUUCGACAGGAGCGCGCAGCCUGGCCCCUUGAAGGCCUCCUGGGGGGAAACCAUCGACGAGGCCGCCUGCCUGCGCGCCAAGUUCCCCAGCCUCUUGGAGCGGGUGCAUUUGAAGGGCCCUCCCGCCGCUCUCGACUCGCCAGAUCCCGACUACGGCUACCAUAGUUUGGAGGUCGAGGAGACACCGACACAGCCGGGUUCUUGGGAUACAAACGCCGCUAAGGUCGAGGAGUGUGGCCAGGAAUCGCAGGAAGACCGUGUUGAAGGGAGUCCCUGCCAGGAGGGAUUGUCUGAGCUCGAGUCCUGCUGCGAUGAUGAAGACUCUGACAUAGAACAAGAUCUACCUGUUGAGGCCCGGCCUGCCUGUAGUAACAAACUCAUUGAUUACAUCCUGGGGGGCGCUUGUAGUGAGGAGGAGGAGGAAGAAGAGGAAGAUUGGGAUAGCGGGGAGGAGGAAGAAGAAGAAGAUGAUGAUGGGUUUGAUAGUGAAGGAUCCCUCCCAGAUUCCAAUAUCUGCAGCCAGGAGGGAGAAAGCCUUCACUUGUGGAACUCUUUCUGUAGCUUGGAUCCUUACGACCUUGGAAACUUUACUGCCCCUAUUCAGACUAGUGCACCAGAGACUAGGUCUUUCUCUGAGCCGCCUGAGGUAGAGGUGGCCGCAGAUGACUCUUCCUCGUGGACAGAAAGUUCUUGUGAGGACGAGGAAUGGGAGUGCGAUGGCAGCAUAGACGAAUCGGCAAACUUGAAAUUGUGGAACUCCUUCUGUAACCUGGGAGAUCCCUAUAACCCUCUCAAUUUCACGGCCCAAUUUCAGUCUGUGGAAAAGAAAGGGAGAUGUGACUUGAAAGGGCCACCAGGGUCUCAAAGUAGCAUCUUGUUCAGCUGUCAGGUCCAUUUGCUUGAUAAGAGCAAUUCUGAAGCUACAGAGACUGUGAAGUGUGACAUUAUUUCUAGAGAAAAGUGUAAGAGGAAGAAAAAGGUGACCUUCCUUGAAGAAGUUGUUGAGUAUUAUAUAAGUAGUGAGGAAGAUCGUAAAGGACCCUGGGAAGAACUUGCACGGGAUGGGUGCCGAUUCCUUAAAAGAAUCCAGGAAACUGAAAAUGCUAUUGGAUAUUGCUUAACAAUGGAACACAGGCAGCGAAUAUUUAACAGACUCCUGGAAAGAGCCAAUAUUUCCUAGCACCUUAAUAAAAUAUAAAAUUAAAAGGCUAACUCAUUUUAGUGACACCUGUGAACAUAAUAUUAACAACUGUCAGCUGCCUUUUAAAUGGGAAGGAGAAGUGAUUUUAAUGUUGCAUCACAAUGUUCUAGCAAGAAAUAUGCUGGGUGUAGUUGUUUGCAGCGUUAAAACAAAUUCAACAUAUUUAAUAGGUAAUAUGUUUCCUUCUGAAAUCAAGAAUAUCAAUUUUUGGAGAAGCCAGUCCAGAAAUGCAUCCUUGUGUAUGUGUGCAUGCCUGCUCUGUCUCAUUUACAGAAAAAAAAAUCUGAGUGCAGGCAGGCAGAUAGGACUGGAAUUUUGCACUUUUAAAACAGGAAGAUAUUUUUAAAGUAUAUUUAUUGGGGUUGGAACCCAGCAAUGAAGUUUUGGUUUAAAGUUUGAAUAUUGCUAUCUGUUUUCUUGUUUGUUGAACUUGCCAACUGUAGAAACCAAAUAACCUAAUAGUUCUUAUGAUAGAAUUCGUUUCUGUUCUAAUUUUUAGCCUUAUUGCAAAAGAUCACUGUGUCUUUGCACUAAAAUUGCAACAUGCUGGGAGUUCAGACUGCCAAAAACAUGAUUAACAGUAUAGUUUCCCCCCCUUUUAGCCAUCUGUCAGACCAACAGCAAGUUGCACAGCAUUCCCUUCUCAAAGGUGGUUUCCUGAAAUUCUACAGCAGUUCCACUUGUUACCAUUAUUUUUAAUCAAACUGUCUAUGAGGUCAGUUUUUUGGAUGUAUAAAAACACACAAUUGUCGAUUUGGUUACAGGAUAUUCUCCUUAAACUAUGGAAAUUAUUAGGCGUUCCAGGAUUUACAAUGCCAAUAGUUUUACUGCUUUAAAAAUCAGUAUUAAAAAUUGUUUCAUAGCAUAAGUGCUUGGAAAGAUAAUUCUGUAGUUAAUCUUGAAUGCAUUCCAAGUUAUGUUUUGUAGUUGAUUUAUCAAGAAUGUUAUUUUGGAUUCCAAAUAAUUGUUUAAAUGACAGAUACAUUGUUUAAAAUAGUUUAACUUCAAAGUUGAUAUGUCAAAUGAACAGCAAGUUACAAUUGUUUUAUUCAGUUUCCUAUAUAUUUCAUUUUCCUAUAGCAAGCUGGAGUAACAGGAGCAGUUGAAAAUCAGGCUAUGAUAAGAUAUAAAAAUAUUCUUCCAGUGGCACAUUAAAAAUAUAUCCAGGCCUAGUUAUUCUGGGCUUUCAGGUGGGGGGAGGGGUAAUAAAUAGUAUUCUGAAAUUCUCAUUUUGAUACAAGAAUAAGCAUGGAAGAAAUGGGGCACAUAAGUUAGCCUUCCUGAGUUUUGAUAGGGUUUUUUUGUUUCACAGAAUGUUUAGUCUUAGAUGAUGGUAUUGAAUUAUGUUGAUAUUCUGAGAUGAACUGCUGUAGAACUUCAUUUAAUCAUCUCGAAGACUAUGGUCUUGUGUUGAUACAUAAGACCAAGUCAUAUUUGAGCUCAGUGCUAAAGUCGGAUUGGGCUACAGAAAUUAUAGUAAGAACAGAAAAUCUUUCCAGUCCCAUGCUCUUUCAAGUAUUGUCUUUUGUUAGCCAUCUGCUGACUCCUUGGCUGAAAGAAAAUUUGAAGUCAUGAAAAUAAUACAUACAAUGAUGGUGGACUUUUACAUAAUCUUUCUUUUUCCAUAGAAAUAUUUAGUGGUGCUACACACAGUAGUGAAGGAUGUCUCCUCAGUUUCAUUAAAGUAGCAAAACACGAAAGCCUACUUCUAAAACUUUAAAUCAGAACCAUAAUUAUCAGAAUUUUAUUUUUAUAUCAUUUUAUGAAGAGAAAGGUAGAUCCAGACAACCUUUCACUUUAUACAAAUUUAAAUGGACUUGAUUAUAUCUUAUUGGAUUUUUAUAUUUAAAAUUAUAUUUCUGUAUAUAAUAAAACAAUUGAAAACUAAUGUGUAAAAUAUAAUAAAGAAAUUUUGCAAGUUA